CUGAAGAUCAAAGCUAUCCACCACAAGAGUUAUGCUCUGGGUAGGUAGAUCUCUACUACUUUCAGUCAGCUUGGGUGCUAGAUAUGAUGUAAAAUGUCACUAUAAUGUUAAAAUGCAGGGACCAGCAUAGACAAGAUUUUACUGGAUCAUCACCUACAAUACCUCACUCGUUUGGACGUCGGCUAAACACGCCGUCCCCAGACCAGCUGGAACAAUCCCCCUGUGAGAAUACACACUCAGACUUUCCACUCGCGUCAAUGAGUCAAAUAGAAGGACACAGCAAGGGUGUAGCCCCAGGCUCUACAGUGGAGAUUGGAUACUCCCCUUACUCAGACAUGUCCAGUAGAAAGAACUCUCUGAGUCAAACCUUUGAGUAUGUUACCUAUCAGGAGGUGGAUGCAGAGCAGAGGAUCCAGUUUGAAGCACUGCUCAAAAGGGAGAGUAGCUGGAGGCGUACGUUUGUGCACAAAGGUCUUGUGGUGAAUUUGCUGUUUUUGGUGGUGAUGAUAGUGAGCAUCAUUCUGGGAGAGGUACUGUUUCCUCUGGAAGGGGUGAUGGGGGUGGGGAUCCCAUUCCUCAAUGACAGCGAUUGCAUAAACAGUACUGCAGGUUGUGUAUCCCUCAGGAUUGUUAGGGCCAUGGGGGUGUUUGGAUUCUUGGGUGGAGUAACCAACUGGAUUGCUGUGGAGAUGUUGUUCAGAAGUAUACCAUAUGUGAUUGGAACGGGGAUCAUUGCCAAGGGCUACAAGGAAAUAAGACAGACCAUUGUCAACGUGGUGGUCAAUACACUCUUUGAUCCCAUUGGGAUAAGACAGUACUUCUCAUCAAAGAAGAAGGGCAUGAGACCAAUGCUUCACUUAGAGACUCACUUUGCCAGUCUGUUGGACUCUGAAGUGGCCAACAGAAUAGUAGAAAUGAAAAUUGAUGCAGCCUUGAAAAGACCUGAAGGCUUUAUUUUGUCCAUGAUGGGAGUAGAUCUCAGUGAGUUAAAGAAAACACUCAGCAGACACAUACGCUCUUUCAUCACGGAAAUUUCCCCAACUAUUGUAGACAAAAUGGAAGUAUCUGGAUUACAAGAUGGAGUAGGGCUGCAGGCAGAGGUUGAAAAAAUUCUUGAAGAAAGAGUGUCAGAAUUGUCUUCGGUCAAAGUCAAUCAGCUGAUUGCAGUGAUGAUCCGCAAACAUCUGAGCUGGUUAAUUGUGUGGGGUAACGUGCUAGGAGCUCUUGUAGGACUAGUAGCUGAAGUGAUAACUGUUUUAGUAGCAAAAAAUGCACUGAAUGUACCGGCAUAGCAUACAUGUACAUCAUUCAUUUCAUCCUUGAUUCCUUCUCAGUGUUUUGAGUGUUUAUGUUUUUUCUUUUUGCGUUCUUUAUGUUCUCUCCUCUCCUG